UCAAUCUCUGAUUUUUGAAAGGAUCAGAGAGAGAGAGAGAAAGAGCUUUAAAGGGUUCUCUUUUUGACUCUUCUUCUCUCUCUCUCUCGUUCGGAUAUUAUGGAACUGCUCUAUCUUCUCUGUUCAAUCCUCUACACUUCAAUCACAUCCUUCUUCCUCUCUCUCCUCCUCCCAUUUCGCCUCCUCCUCCGCCGUCUCCUCCCCUCACGCGCCGCCGUCGAUUCAAGCGUCUCUUUCUACCAAGGCACCGUCUGGCACGACCGUCUCCGACCCGUCAGACACUCGUUCCGUUACUCCGUCCGUUACGCUCUCUUCGACCUCGACAAUGCCCUUAACGUCCCGCCGGAUCAUCUCUCCGCCGACGAAGCUCGUAUGGUUUCUCAUACCACCGGUCCGAUUUUUCUAUUGACAAUACCUCCAAGUGUUGGAUAUGAACAGAACCCAUUGAGCUUGUAUUAUUGCUACAAUUUGGAAGGAUCGAGUAAACGCUUAAGCAAAUGCAUUGCUCAGGUUACAAAUACUCCAUGGGGAGAGCGUGUGACAUUUGUUUUCGACCCUGAAUCUGACGUGGUUGCCAAAUCAUUACAAGUCAGUCCUUUCAUGGAUAUGCUUGGGAAUUGGAAAAUGAGAGCAAAUGAACCUGGAGAUGAAUUAUCUGUCUCCAUUGAAUCGCAGCAUCCUCAACACGGUAAUUAUUUCUCUGCGACAUUGAAGGCCAAAAGAAUACCUCAAGAACGAGUGUCUGAUCCCGCAGUUUUCUUUUGGUUGAUGCCUCAUAAAGUUGCGAUUUGGAUCUAUUGGCAUGCACUUAAACUCUGGUGGAAGAAUGUACCUUUCAUCCAACACCCUAGAUACUCAAACCCAUCAUACAGAGAAGAAUCAGCGAAACGUGAUCAAGAACUUCGUUGUGUUGGAUUAGAUGUAUCAAACUCUGAUGAAACCAUCAAACUUGAUGGGUUUAAAGCAGAUAGUUGUAGUAGUAGUUUUGGAGGAUGUCGCUUUGCGUGGCGAGAUGCUAAUUGGCCUUGGUCAUGAAUAGUGAAUACUUCUCUUUUUCCAUUUGCCUAAUUUGUGCUUUUCUCUUUUGUGGAAAUGUUCAAAAACCAGAAUUGUCACGGACCUGUUCUUGACAUUCAACUCUCUAUUCAUACUUGAAAAUGACACCAAAAUCUGUUUCCACA